GGGUGUGGUGUACUGUACCGUACGUAACACCAAUCUAUUGGGAAUUUUGUAAAUAGAACACGUGAAAAUCUCACUUUCAUCUCCAACAAGGCAACAUCAUCCUAAUCCUAUUACUGUACUAACUACUAAUUAAUUCUAAUUAUAAUCCGAUCCCUUUUUCUCGAAUCCAUUCAUAUUCAUUCAUAGAACAAAAACAAAAUCACACAAACAAAAACAGACACAAACAAACAUCGUAUACAACAAUGUCAACUACAAGUACUACAACCGAAUCCAAGCUACACGACGCUGCACGGAAUCGUUUAGCCACCCUCUCAGCUCAUUUGCUUCCAUCCUCAACAACCUCCGCCGCGCACCUCCACCCUCUCCACCUUUCCGCUUCCUCCGGGAUCUCCCCUCCGUCUAAUGUCAAAGGAACACUCACCGUUGUUGAUGAACGUACCGGGAAGAAGUAUAACAUUGCGGUCUCUCCUGAUGGCACCGUUAAAGCCAAUGAUUUCAAGAAGAUAUCAACCGGGAAGGAUGAUAAGGGACUCAAACUUUAUGAUCCUGGAUAUUUAAACACUGCUCCUGUGCGAUCAACAAUUUCUUAUAUUGAUGGUGAUGAGGGAAUCCUUAGAUAUAGAGGAUACCCUAUUGAGGAGUUGGCCGAGAAAAGCACCUUUCCGGAAGUGGCAUAUCUCAUAUUGUAUGGAAAUUUACCUUCUGCAAAUCAGUUACAAGAAUGGGAAUUCGCCAUAUCUCAGCAUUCAGCCUUACCACAAGGAGUUUUGGAUCUCAUACAAUCAAUGCCUCAAGAUGCACAUCCUAUGGGGGUGCUUGUUAAUGCUCUUAGUGCUUUGUCUGUUUUUCAUCCUGAUGCAAAUCCUGCUCUCAGAGGUCUUGAUAUCUACAACUCAAAGCAAGUGAGAGACAAACAAAUAGUGCGGAUUAUUGGAAAGAUAACAACAAUUGCUGCUGCGAUUAAUCUUAGACUGGGAGGAAGGCCACCUGUUCUUCCAUCCAACAAGCUUUCUUACACGGAGAACUUCCUUUACAUGCUUGAUUCUCUUGGCAAUCGGUCAUAUAAACCUAAUCCUCGUCUAACUCGUGCACUGGACAUCAUCUUUAUCCUGCAUGCAGAACAUGAAAUGAAUUGCUCUACAUCUGCUGUACGCCACCUUGCAUCAAGUGGUGUCGAUGUAUACACUGCUAUUGCUGGAGGUGUUGGAGCUUUAUAUGGACCUCUUCAUGGUGGAGCUAAUGAGGCGGUCCUCAAAAUGCUGAGUGAAAUUGGAAGUGUUGAUAACAUUCCAGAGUUCAUUGAAGGUGUUAAAAACAGGAAACGAAAGCUCAGUGGUUUUGGACAUCGUGUGUACAAAAACUAUGAUCCUAGAGCAAAGGUCUUAAAAAAAUUGACAGAGGAAGUGUUUUCCAUUGUUGGCCGGGAUCCACUUAUAGAGGUUGCUGUUGCCUUGGAGAAGAUUGCUCUCUCUGACGAGUACUUUAUCAAGAGGAAGUUAUAUCCGAAUGUUGACUUCUACUCUGGAUUAAUAUAUAGGGCUAUGGGCUUUCCACCCGAAUUUUUCACAAUUUUAUUUGCUAUCCCUCGUAUGGCUGGAUACUUGGCACAUUGGCGUGAGUCCUUGGAUGAUCCUGAUACAAAGAUUAUGAGACCUCAACAGGUAUAUGUUGGGGAAUGGCUGCGGCAUUAUACACCAACCAAAGAAAGAACUGUAUCAAAUACAAGCAACACCGACAAGCUUGGCCAGUUAUCUGUAUCGAAUGCCUCAAAGAGGCGACUUGCUGGAUCUGGGAUUUAAGCCUAUAGACACAACUUGAAUUUACAAACAAAUUUUCAAGAUAUAAGAAUAAAGUCCAGAGAAGUAAAUGGUAUAUUUUCCAUGUAUAAAAAUCAAAGUCUAUAAUCUUUAUGGCUUUUGAUUACCAAAAAUGUAUUUGGCUUUAAUUAGGAAGUGGCAAGGAAUUUCCUAAAGUAGCAUCUCACUGCAUAAAUAAAUGUAAGCUGGUAUCAUUAUACCUUCCAGCAGAAUGAUGUUAGUGGGGGAUUUGCAGUUCCAAGCUUCAAACUUUCAGCUAUGCAAGUAGUACAUGUAAUGUUUAUUGUUGGAACCUAACAAUAAUGAAAAUGAAAAUGAAAAUUAAAAAAAAACUAUUAUUUGUUUGUGAGUGAGAGAGAGAGAGAGAGAGAGAGAGAGAGAGAGAGAUAAAUUUGUAUUUGAUUUUUUAUUCAAACUUCAAUGAAUAAAAUAUGCUUCCUAAAUCAAUACCAGUGCCUUUGAACGAGUUCUCAAAUUUUAGCAA